AAUGAGAGUUUUUGUCGUUGCAAUAAUUUCUUUGUGUUAUUUUUUGACCGCUUAUGCAGUCGAAGAAGAAUGCAAACCCGUGCUAACAAAUCUUUGGAUUCACGAUAAUUACCUGGUUGGUGUUGAGUUUAACACAUGUUCUAAUGCGCAUAACACAAAAAUUAAAUGCGUUGUUGGUGAAGAUAUUAUUUAUGGAAAUACAACCUAUACUGAAGGAGCGAUUGAAUUAAAUAAACCGAUUUCUUGUGAAGAUGAUGUUAAAAUAUCAGUUGUGGCUUAUGAUGAAGAUGGUUUAAAACUUGGUGAAUCAAAAAUUGCGGAUGUUCUUCCUUGUGGGGAUUGUAAAGCAAUUCGACAGGUUAGUUAUGAUGACGAUUUAAAAAUAACUGUUCUUAUGACUCCGCAACAACCAGAAUGCAUCGCUAAAAAGUUUAAAAUAAAAUUAUCUAUGUAUAACAAAAUAGAAUAUAUAGAUACAUAUCCUGACGAGUUAAACAAUGUCAUUAAAUUAUCGAGUGCGUUACCAUGUAAAGCUGAAGUAUCUAUUGUAGGAUAUACCGACAAUGGUGUACAACUUGUGGAAUCACCAAUAACAAUCGUUCGAAAAUCCGAUUGCGAAGAUUGCACCGCUACAAUUGUAUCAGUAGAUUAUGACGAUGACUCACAAGAAAUAAUCGUUUCGUUGAUUCCCCCAACAUCGGAUUGCACAACGGCUUUAAAUUUUAAACUUAAAGUGAGAUGUUCCAUUCAAGGUAAAAUAGUUGAGGGCGAAGUAUUUGCUGAUAAUACAGUGGGAAUCGUAAGAUUAUCUUCACAGUUAUCUUGUGCAGAUGCUAAAAUAUCUAUUGUAUCUUACCAAGAGAUUUGGUAUGACGCAAUUCUUGGUGAAUCAGAUAGUGUUGAUUUAUUGCAAUGUGAAAAAUGUAAACCCAAGAUUGCAGGUGUUACACCUGACAUAGAUUCAAUUGUAUAUGUUUCGAUAAUCCCUCCAUCAUCAGAUUGCCCCGCAACACGAUUUAGUCUUGAAAUGGAAGGUGAUUGCAAUAUAAUUUUUAACAACACAGUGGGAAUUUGUGUCUUAGAUGACAGAGUACUUGAUACAGAUGUCCUCACCGCAUACAUCAAUGUUUAUAACGAAGACACGCUUAUAGGGCAGUCAGAUUACGUCGAUUUCAAUUUAUGCAAGGAAAACUGCAAAGCGAAAAUUGUGGGUGCACGAUAUGAUGGCGUCUCAAGAAUAUACGCUAAAAUAACUAUUCCAGAAGAAGAGAAAUGCAAAAACGCUGCAGUAUUCAACUUAAAAUAUACUAUUGAUGGCGAAACAAAUUAUGUGGAUAUAAUUGAUAUAAACACGGGAAUGAUUCAACUUGCAAAGCCUAUAACUAACGAAGAUAUUAAAUUAUCCGUGGUAACUUACGAUGAGGACGGUAUUGUACUUGCGGAAUCGGAUGUGAUUAGUUCGCAAAUACGACAAUGUUUAAAUUAAUAAAAUGUGAUCUAAAUUUGAUGUAAAUUUAAUUUAGUAAAGUUAGUAAUAAAUA